GUUAUUCAUAUUCUAAUAAUAAUAAUCUAUUGCUUUUAAUAAAUGAUUCUACAUUUGUAUCAUGUAUUUGGCCAUCACAUUUCUGAUGAUAUAGAAUUAAUUGAAUCAUAUGAACGUUCUGUCUGUAGUCCCAGUAUAUAAAUGUAUUUUUGAGGCAUUAUUCUUCUCUCUAAAUUUUCCGCUUCUACUUAUGAACAAGAUGAAAAUGUGUAUCAUGACAUCUUGUACACAUAAGUUAAGAAGAGGGAGUGGUGCUAAUUAGUCACCAAUGUCCAUUAUAAAAGUGGCCGAGCAAAAACCAAGGGUAGUGUUACAAAAAUGUUGUGCACCAGUGAGAUCAAUGGAAAUCUUAAAAUUACUCGCACACUGUGUUUGAUACUAUUUUCCUUUUUCAUAUUUGCGCAAUUAAGUUCGGCAUUGCACAUACCUGAUCAAGAUUCCAGUGAAACAGAGGCAGUGCCUGCGAGCACUGCAACGAAUAAUUCAACCGAGGAUGAUCUAUACGUUAUAAAAGCAGUGGUGUAUGAAAUCGGAAUCUUAACAGACGCGGACAACUCGACUAAUGCUACUACCGAGAGGCAAGAUGUCAAACUGUCGUUUUACAAGCCUCCAAGUAAGGACGACAGCGAGCCGUGAAGCGGAGAACCAUGUAUUAUUUAGUUAAAUAAUUUCAGACACAUAAAAUUGAGCGAAUCCGGUAAUACAUACAUACUUAUUCAUGUAAAAUGUAGAAAAUGCAUUGAGGAAAUAAAGAAACACUGUUCCAUCCUUUUGGUUAAAAUAAAGAAGCAUUCUCACACGA